AUGGACAAAGUUGUAGUACCUCUCUCUUCGGUGAGAGAUAUUACAGCCAUCAUCUUUCUCUUACUGGCACUCCCUUCGUCUCUUUCAUGCUUAGUAUUGGCAUUAUAUAUUCUCUCGGGUUCAUCAAAAUCUUGGGGUGGAAAGUAUUUGAUAAAUAAGCUUCUCUCCAAGCGUCUUUCGAGAGACUACAAUUGCACGGGCCCCACACCCAGUCAACUUGACAAUGCCUUACUCCAUAGCCAAACACCUUCAUUGGCCUCAAAAUCGGCCAGCGCAGGCUCAUCAAGAUUCUACUCGACUUGGUUGAUUAUCCUAAUCAAUAGCUUGGUGGUCUUGGUGGUCUUCUGUACCGUUCCAAAGCACUUGAGCAACUACAUCAUCUUGUUUGCUAAGACGGUGCUUGCGUCCGAGUUAAUUGGAUCAUCGAGCGUCACUUCCACCACAGUUACGUCAAUUACAACAGUGACAGCGAGUGGAGUGACCACCACUACCACAACUACAUCUACUUCAUCGUCGGCAUCUCCUUCUAUCACAAAUCAAACAUCUACAUCUAAUUCUGUAUCGCUGGGAGGAAGCCCUGCAACUUCUGCCAUUAGUAAGAAGUCGUCGGCUCCACAACAUCAACAGCAGCAGCAACAGCAUUCACCUUCGUCGUCCCAUGAUUCCAUCUUGAGAAACAAUAAGUUCAUCAAUGCUUCACUUUGUUUCCUCACCGUGAUUAACAUCAACUACUUUGUAAGAGAAUGGCUCAGCACAUCAGAUUUGGCAUUGACGCUCUCUUUGCCUCAGAGGAAUCAGCUUUUGGUACUACCUUUGAAUAACUGGUGGGCAGCACCUUACGUAAAGUAUUGGUCGUAUUUGCUCAGCUAUAUCUACUUAUAUCUAAGUAUCCAUGUUAUCAUAAUCAAUGUCUCUCCAGCGCUCAAAAAAUACUUUGUGUUCGAGGAUCAGGCUAGCACAUUGGAUAGCUUGUCGAUAAUUGCACCUAAUGUGCCACUUUUGAAGAAUAAUCAUAGGAUACCUUUGAGUUUUCCUAUGAAUAUGAAUAGUAGUAGUGCAUUAAACUUGGCAGCUUCUGCAGCCCCAACGAUAAACGUAGAACCUGAAAUGGAAAAGAACAAAAUAGUGGAUGUAAAUGUCGAGGACAUCUGGAAUGAAGAUGGGAAAUAUUCCAGCUUCGGGUUAAAUAAUAUGUCAAGCUCAGUUGUUGCGAAUAACUUUGAAAUAUUCUGUUCUUCUCCAAUUGGAGGGAAGGCCGUUUCUUCGUCAUCUUCGUCUUUAUUUGACAAAGCGCAACACCAUCAUCCACUUAACGAAACUACCUCUCAUACUACGAGUUUGUUGCCUCCUAAAGCUAACGGUUCUGGAGCAAAUGGGAAUAGUGGAAUUGCGGUUAAUGGUGGCGGAGGUAGGUCCCGAUCAGGAACUCUUGGUAAUUCAACUACUAUAGUUAACAAAGUAUUGACAUCCGUUGUGACAACACAACCCUUGUGGUCCCUUUUGGCUGCAAUCAAAACAAUUGUCAGUAAGCCAGCGUACUUCAGUGGGAAAAUGACCAAGUAUAAGAAUAAUGGAGGGAAGUUUGUCACUAAAAUUAAUCACCCAAGUUACAUUUCAAUUUCCACAGUCUACAUUGAUGAUACCAAGGCAGUAUUCAAGAUAUUGGAUGUUGCUAACGUAGCUAAAUUUGUUUCGUUGGGAGAAAUUUCGUCAAUCAAAAUAAAACUUAAUGAGGUGGAUUGGAUACAUAAAAAGUUUUUAAAAACUAAAGAGGAUGAAUACUUUAUCUGUAUAUAUGGUUUGACGCCAUUAUUUCAAUACGAAUUGGAAGUUUAUAAAGUGACUGAACCUGAAUCAGAUAGUUGCAUAUUGUUGAGUCAUUGUAUUUUCAAUACUAUAUCAUCUUCUGGUGUGUUGAAUCAAUCUCCUGAAACUACUAGCUCACUCCUUACUCUUCAGCUAUCACUUAAUUCUACUAUUGAUAAACUCAAUCAAUCAAAAUCAAAGCUUAAAAAAUUCAAAAGGGAUGAAAAUAAAAAGCACUCUGAGUUGAAGAAGGAUAUUGAAAAUUUGCGUAACAAGAUUUCUAAAUAUAAUACUAAACAAAAUAUUGAAUCGAGAGUGUCAGGAAAAUUGAAAGGUUUGAAGCACUCUGUGUUACAGCUUGAAGGCGAGAUUGAAGAAUUGAAGAAAAGUGUGGAAGUUGAAGAGGAUCAACUGACUAGGACUGAAAUAAGAUUUCAAAGUGAGGAAGCCAAACUCAAAAAUAAGAUCAACGGACUUACCGAAGGAAAUUCUGAGUUUGAAAAUUCAAUUAACAAAUUUAAAAAGGAUUUGAAAAAUUUGAACUUUGAAUUCUUACAACUCCAAAGUAAGAAUGAAAGAUUGAAAAUGAAAAUGGAUUUGAAAUUGGAAGAGUUGAAUAAGGUUCAAGUAGAGAUUAAAAAUACAAAGAAAAAUGAAUUGAUGCAAAAGAGCUCCAAGAGAAAUAAGAGGUACCAGGAGAGAUAUGAGGUUAUUUUACCCAAUUUGUCCCAUGCGAUUGCAGAAUUACAGAGAGAGCUUGAGGAAAUUCUUAAUUCGAAUUCUGUCUCAGGAUCUAGUUCCAGUAGCAAAGGAAUUGAUAGGUGA